AUUCAGAAUAGCUAAAAAGUAGAUACCACCCACAUGCCCAUCAACUGAUAAAUGGAGAAAUAAAAUGGUAUAACCAGACAAUGGAAUAUUUUUCAGUUGUAGUAAGGAGGUACUGAUUCAUGCCGUCACACGGAUGAACUGUGGAAAUAUUAUGCUAAGUGAAAAAAGGCAGACACAAACCCUGUUUAUGAUUCCUUUAGAUGAAGUGUUCAGACUAGGCAAAUCCAUAAAGAACAGAGAGUAGCAUAGAGUUACCAGGGCUGGAAGGAGGGAAGAAUGGGAACAGGAAAUGAUCACUAAUGGAUGUAGUUUUCUUUUUGGAGUGAUUAAAAAAUAUUCUGACAUUAAAUAGUGAAUUUUGUGAAUAUACUAAAACCCAUUGAAUUACAUACUUUAUUGUUUUUUAAUUUUUUUAAAAAGUUUAUUUAUCUUUGAGAAAGAGAGCAUGAGCAGGGGAGAUGCAAAGAGAAAGGAAACACAGAAUAUGAAGCAGGCUUCAGGCUGCGAGGUGUCAGCACAGAGCCCAACAUGGGACUUGAACUCAUGAACUGUGAGAUCACGACCUGAGCCAAAAUUGGACCCUUAACUGACUGAGCCACCCAGGUACCCCUGAAUUAUACACUUUAAAAGGUAUAUUUUAUGGUAUAUGAAUUAUAUCUCAACUAAAAAUUGAAAAAAAAAAAACCCCACAACAAUCCUACGUAUGGAUAAGUUAUUCAAAUACUUAGCUUCCCUAAUGGACUAGAAGACUUCAUCUGAAUCCAUAGCGCCAAGCCAGCACCUACUAGGCACUCAUUUUUUUCUUUGAGCGAUUAAACAAGUGAGCUAAAUACAUACAUUGUCCUAAAUUGAAUUCCUUGGACUCAUUUCCCAGGGGUGAUAAAAUUGGGUCCCUAUGACUCAUCUCUUCGUGAUGAUGUGGUUGCUUUCCCUGCUGGUGAUUCCACUGCUUUCUUUUCUGGCUUUAGCUAUCAGCCACUUACCAAAUAAUAUCCACUAGCUCAAGUGAUGUAUGAGCAGUCUGGUCCUAAUGGAUUACGUGCCGGCACUUUGUUAACGAUCAUUCUAAGAUUUCACAUAAGAUGCCACGGUUGCCUGGAUGAAGAGACUAGAUGGGAUAUUUCUGCAGUGAAAGCGUCUAUCACCAUGUCAGGCUGAUGAUAGCAGAAGCCUGCUCGAGUCUGGCACAUGGCUUGGGAAUGCUGUGCUCAGGAUGUGCUUCUAUCGUCUGGCAGAAUGUGAAGGACGCUCUGUAAUAACCCCUGAUAACACUGGAUCCCUUCUCCUUGGAACCACAGUCCCCUCCUAACUGAUGUUACAGGAUGAAGAAACACCCAAGGAACUCUGCCUUGGGAGGACGAAAUAAUAUGACCUGGGAUCACCUUUCCCUUUGAAUCUCAAAACGUCCUCUUCUGUCUAAAAGGAUGCUUCACCACUUCGCAAAUGUUAAUAAAUGGUGCAAGAAUGAAAAAAAAAAAUCUUUGACCUGGGCUGAUAGGACCAAGAAAUGUGAAACAUACCCAAGGGAAACUCUGAUCCCCUUAGACUUCUACCAGAAAAAAAAUUGCCCCAAAUCCUCCAAACCACCCCCCCCCCCAGCAAACAAACAAAAAAACCCAGGAUUUCAUAGUUACUUCCUGUCCUAUUUUAAACAGGGCCUUAAAAAGACAAGUAAAAGAUAAAUUUAGCAAAGUUUACAAGUCAGAAGGACCCAUUAAGGAAGUGCACAAAAGGCCAUGUGAGGUUCUGCUAUGGAUAUUUGUAUCAACAACAACAACAACAGGGAAGUGGCCUUGAGUCCUGGGUCAGGACUCUCCCCCAGGGUUGGUAUAUAAGCCCCUCCCCCAGCAGGAGGCGGCACCAGACCUCCCUCACCUCCUGAGUCUCCCUCCUCCUCUCUCCUGAGUCCUCUCUGCCGACACCAUGGGGUGCUGUGGCUGCGGAAGUUGCGGUGGCUGCGGCGGCGGCUGCGGUGGCUGCGGUAGUGGCUGCGGCGGCUGCGGCGGCGGCUGCGGCGGCGGCUGCGGCGGCGGCUGCGGCAGCUGCACCACCUGCAGGUGCUACCGGGUGGGCUGCUGCUCCAGCUGCUGUCCCUGCUGCUGCGGCUGCUGCGGGGGCUGCUGCAGCGUCCCCGUGGUCUGCUGCUGCCGCCGCUCGUGUGGCUGCGGCUCGUGCGGCUGCGGGAAGGGCUGUUGUCAGCAGACGUGCUGUUGCAAGAAGCCGUGCUGCAGCUAGGCGGGCGGCCUGGCAUCUGGGCACGUGCUUCGAGCGACCCUGCUUGCAGGUAAGACGUCCCCCUCCUUCCCGGCCUGCUCCUCACUUUUCAGUCACCAGCAUGACCGGAGCCUUACCCCCAAUCCAUCGGAAUCCCCCGCUCCUGUAGUUUCUGUCAUCCCAUCUGCGUGUAAUAAACACCAACCAAAGGAAUAAAUGUGUAGUCUCCUCUGUCAAUCGCAUUCGAAUCUCGUCCUCGACAAAAAUGAAUCGGGAUAGCUAAUGUUCUCCCUUCUCGAAACGCCUUUGACUUUGUGUUUAUUUAUGUCCUGGUUUUGCCACUGCAUUUGCCGUCUCUGUAAAUGCAAAGCAACUGUCAUCCUAAUAAAUGAGGCUGAACCCGCCUCAAAGACCCAUUUCUUUUUUUCUUCCCAGCCUCUAAACCGUCGAUCCCUGGGGGAAAAUGCAUUUCAAUCUCAACAGAUGAGGCAGGUAGUACGUAUGUGAAGACAGCGAUGAACCAAAGCUAAAUUGUUUGCAACACAUAUAGAUGGAUUAGUGAAUAGUCAACCCACUGUGGGUUUAUCAAGAAGCAGGGAACUCAGGGGCACAUCCUCUGUCUUAACAGCUGAAUGUCAUAGAGGAAACUCUUCCCAAAUCUCUCCCUUGAUAGAGUCUUAGCAACAGAAGACGGACUGCAUGGACAUCCAUACACACACCUUCCAUAGUCAUCCGAUCACUUAGGGGCAUGGUCAAAACUUUUGAGGCUUAUCACUUAUGACGGUCACUUUUUGCUCCUAGAGUCUUCUACUGCACGUCCAUCCUGAUUGUUAUGGCCUCGCUGAGAAUUACCCCAAAAGGCAACAUAAAUGGAAGCCUCAGGUUUUUUGCAUCUCUUUGCCCGUUAGCUCUGUGGUCCGUGAGUGCUUCCCAUUCAGCCAUUGCCCGGCUAAGCAUCCAUACCCUCCUGUGCAUCCCUUCCAGAAGUUUCUGCCGGAUCCAUGGCAGACGCCACGGAAGGCUGUCUGUCAGCCACCGCAAACUACAAAGUCAGCCUUCAGAUGUAAGGUCAGAAGAGGAGGUGUAGAUUCAACAUAAUCAAAAUGGGCAACUUCCAUCCCACACCUCCAGCUCUGUCCGAAGGAGUCCGCACCACACACACAAUAAAAUGUGUCCCUCAAACCCCCUUCUGUUAAUUUCCCAUAGUGCUCCUUCCUGGUUCUUUUCUGUGUGGAAAAGAUCAAAUUCUUGAUCCAUCGUGGUUUGUUUAGCAGUGGGCUGAGAGAGAAAGGAGGCAGGGGACUCCCGGCUGGGUCUGGGGGUGGGGCUGGGGCUGAGGGAAGCCAAGCUCCUGGGGUCUGUCUCCCAGGAGAAGGACAUUCUUGCUCCAACACCACAAGUCCACGUGGGCUAUUUCCUUGCCAUUCUAAGUAGAGCCUGACAAAGACAGAUGCUUAAAUAGGCUGAAGUGACCAAAUGCAAUGAAAUCACAAAAGGAAACAGGAAUUGAGUAACCAUGUAAAGUAAGACCCCCAAAGGGAGCCCCUGAAAAGAUAGUCUUCCUUCCCCCUGGGAAUUCAGAAGAUAGGGUUUGAGAAGGGGGUCUGACAUGAGCUUCCUCAGACUCUAAGUUGACACCCACCCAUCUCUAUUUCUGGUUUCUUUUCCGCACCCAAGAGCCCCAAGCUUUUAUUUAGUGCCCUCUGACUACUCGGCACUCCGUAGUUACUCUCAGCCUCUAGAGUUUAUCUCAUGGUCCCCAUCCUCUGACUCACACUUCUGCCUGGCUCCGUCUUUAUUUUUUUUUUAAUUUCUAUUUCAUUUUAUUUUUGAGAGAGAGAGACAGAGAGACAAAGCACGAGCAGGGGGAGGAGCAGAGAGAGAGGGAGACACAGAAUCCGAAGCAGACUCCAGGCUCUGAGCUGUCAGCACAGAGCCUGACGCGGGGCUCGAACUCUGGACUGCGAGAUCAUGACCUGAGCUGAAAUCAGAUGCUCAACCAACUGAGCCACCCCCAGCCUCCACCUUUAGAACCACCUCCUGUCACAUAACUAUUCUCAUCAAGAGAGAGUCCCAUCCAUCUCUCCCCCAGCCUUUCCCCACUGAGGACUCCUUGUGGCAGUUUUCCGACAAAGUAAGGUUGACCGGCCGAAUCCUGGGACACGCGGCCCUCCGAGCAUCAAAGAUGUAGCACGUCUUCAGCUUCUGCUCUCCCCAUCCUGCUCACUAGAGAUGUGAGCUUAUUUUCAGGCAGUAAAAGUAGGAGAUGGGGGCUGUCAGGAUUGGCUAAGUUGCCAUCACUCAGUAUUGACAUCAACGGGUGAAGAAAGGAUCCAGGCAGCAGGGCGAACCGGCGACCGUUCUUGAACUUUUAUUUGUCAAACAUCGUGCUGGGUCCUGGGAGGGACACCAAGAUGCAAUUCCUUUGUUAGUUAGCUGACAAUCUGAUAUAGAAAAGAAAGUAAGGGUAAAUCUGUAAUGGCUAUUGGCAGAAAAAAAAAAAAAAGCAAAGUCCAUAUUA